UAAGAUCUUUGUAUUGGGCUGUAAUGGCGUCCUCAUCUAAAUGUUCAUCUCACUGCUCUGCUAUCAAUUGUUCUAAUCGUAAAUCUAAACGCCCAGAGCUGUCAUUCUUUAGGUUCCCCGAUAAAAAAGAAAGAUGUCAACGGUGGGUCCAGAAUACUCGUCGACAAGAUCUCCUACACCGAACUACGGAGUACUUGUCAGCCAACUGUUGUCUUUGUUCUUUACACUUUGAACUUGACCAGUUUUCCAACAAGCAGACCAAGAACAGGCUAAAUUGGAAUGCUGUUCCAACGCUCUUCGACAUUCCUAACCCGCCGAAACGUCUGUCUUCCCAACGCAGGUUACUCAAGAGGACGAAUGAGAACCUCCCAUCCUCACCAACGCCUUUAAAACAGCAAAGAGUGCCACACAACAUACAGACAGAACAUUCUUACUGCUCAGCUGCAGACAAAGUUCCGCGGGAAGAACCCAUCAGUGUCUCUACAACUUCUGAAACACCUGAUCUUCAAAUCACACAAAAUGUAAAUGACAGCAGAGCUCUGAAGAAGGAAAGACAGCGUACUUUCCGCCUCAAAAAAAAAGUACAACUGAUCAAAUUAUCAAUGGGAAAGAAUACUACAGAAAGUAAGACAAUCAGUGACUUGAUCAGAGGGGUUGGUGAAUUUUUACAAGAACCAGCACUGUCUUUCUUUGCGUCGCAGUUGCGUAAUGCGUCUGGACGUAGAAGUGCAAGAGGAAGACGAUGGAGUCAUUCAGACAAGGUUUUACACGGACGCCAAAAAGUUAAGGAGGCCUAUGUCUGA